ACCCUGGGCGGCCACUAGGGGAAUCUGUUCGCCCUGACACGACAAACUUUUCUUGUGGUUUCGGGGUGGGCGGCGGCCACAUCCAAACGUCAUUUUUUGAGACACCGCUUGGUUUGAUUUAACAGGACAGGAGCACUUCCUUGGUCCACCGGACGCCAAUUAGCGGGGGAACUCAAACUGAGCCAGACCAAAUGGAGUGGCGCCAGCAAAGCACUUUCAGCUGCGUAGAUGCCUUCAAUGAAGCUCGGCGUUGGAUUGAGGAGGUAACUGGACAACCUUUUGGCUGCAGCGACUUUCGUGCAGCUCUUGAGAAUGGAGUCCUGCUUUGCGACCUGAUCAACAAGUUGAAGCCCGGAAUCAUUAAGAAACUGAAUCGACAUGCGACUCCCAUUGCUGGCUUGGAUAACAUCAAUGUGUUUCUGAAAGCUUGUGGGAUACUAGGGCUCAACGAGUCCCAGCUCUUCCACCCCGGAGACCUGCAGGACCUGUCAAAUCGAGCAAUCGUCAGGCGAAAUGAAAGCAGUCGAAGACUCAAAAAUGUUCUUAUCACCGUCUACUGGUUGGGACGGAAGGCCUAUUUGGAUGAUGGCUACAACGGAGCUCAGCUGAACUUCAAGGCCUUUGAAGGACUGCUGGGCUUGGCCUUGUCCAAGGCUCUCGACGAGGGCGGGAACGCGUGUGUGAAAGACGGUGCCCACCGAGAGUGCAGUCAUCCAGGAGGGAGAAUGAGCUAUAAGAGGGAGAGUUCAGUGGAUAGCUUGGAUUCUGCAGAUACCCGAGCCCCCCGACCGAGCAGCGAAGGUUGUGGAAGUGAUGCGGAAGCUGAGCAAGUAUUUAGGACGGUUUUCGCACAGCAGCCGCCCAAAGCCUCCAUCCCACCUUCACUCCUACGGAGGAAACGAAAAGAAGAAGAUGGGAACGUCUCAACUUCGUUCACCGGUGGGCCGUGCAACAGAAGCAAAUCUUUGAAUGACAUCCCACCAGGAAGUGGCUUAGUGGGCGAGGACUGCGACGCCGGUCCACUUAAAAGGAAUCCAGACAAGAAAUGGAGGAGCCACAGUGCGACCAGAGACUGCGAGGCCCGCUGGCAAGAUGCCUUAACAAAGUGGAAGAACCAUCGCAAGAGCUCCAAGUCCAAUCUCCGCAGGAAGUCCCUUGACCAAGAACAUGUUGUUCACAAGUUGGCCAAAGGAGCCGAAAGGAAUGACCUCGAAAAGAAAGAAAACGCCCCCGGCGCCCAGCCAGAAAGAGACCAGCUGUCAGCACAAAGGCAUAGCCCUGCCCCGCGCCCGCACUCCGCUUCCCCUCCAUCAAAGUUCUCCAGCUUUUUUUUCCGCACGCAAAGUCGAGCUCCACUGACUCGAAGCUAUGCCACUGAGGUGUCUUUUAGCCCCGCCUCUUCGUAUAACCACGAUGAUGUUUCGUCCGCACAGGCUCACUCGGUUGGAUCCAUUCCUGCCGCCGAUGGGAACAUCACGGGAGUGGAGACCCAUUUUGCAUCAUUGGCAUUAACUGGAGCAGCAGUAACGACGCCAACGCAAGACAAUGCGUUUAGCUCCCAAACCCAGUUCAAAGCCCGAGACGUUUCUGCUUUAGCUCAACCUGUAACUGCUGUGAGUCAACCAGAGAAGGAUGCAGCCCAAAUUUCUUCUGUCGGCGCCCCAGUUUCUCCAAAUGAAGCAGAAUCGGCAAGCAGCGCGGUGGAUAUCUCUGCAGCUUUCGGAGAUCUUUCACUCCAGAAACCGUUGUCAGAAAUGGAGAGACAUGAAAGCCUUUCUGACAUGUCGGAAGACAAAAGUAGAUGUCAGUCCGCUGCAGGCGGCAGAAAGUAUUUCACUCGAGCCGCUUCUUGGUCCAGCUCAGCCAGCCUUCCUCGUGGUUUCAGACAAUCGGAGGGUUCCUGUCGCCUCUCGUCUGUUCUCACAGCUAGGCCCUUUGGGACCAAGCCGUCCGGGAUGUCAACACUACCUAAAUGGAACAAUCUCAACGACAACCAGAACUUGAUGAGGGCUCGUGCAGGAGAGGCCACGCCAUCUCCGCCUGCGAGCGCCCCGCUCAAAAGACAGACCGCCACGUCUUACCUCAGAGUUCCGCACCACAGCGAUCCAAUGCGGAAGGCCAAGCACGUCGAGCAGACCGCUUUUGCAAAGGGACAGUGGAAGAGUUUUUCUGACCUGACCUUGCAGAACAAUUGCCAUCAGGUUCAGCACCAGCACGGCGAAGGCACAGCUUGGCCAAGCGGUGCCAGCGUUGACGUCCCCAAGGUCGACCGGAGAGCCCCGACGGUUAGUCUUGCCACCAUACCAAACCGAAAACCGGACUUUGGUUUCCAGCCCCGUUGGGAAGCUCCUGGCACAAGAAUAAAAUGCAUUCAUCCAGGUAAGAUUUUCCAUCUCGCUAAAAAUUGAACAGUUGUUGUCACU